GAAAAGGAGGGCGGGACAAAAAGACUCUUCCCACACUGACGUUGCAGGACGAUUUUCAAGUGUCAUUAUAAGCAAGAUGAAAACAUUUGUAUUCGCACUGGCCUUGUGUGCAUUACAAUAUGUCUUUGGAGAAAAUGCCCACAAAGUAUUCCAUGAAGAUCACCAUGUUGAUGGGCACCAUAAUCCUGAGCAUGAUAUGAAUGCUUUUCUGGGCACUGAGGACAAAGAAGAGAUAAAAAAGUUGAGUCCUUCGGAGCAAAAGAGAAGACUUGCGGAAAUCAUAAAGAAGAUUGAUACAGAUUCAGACAAGUAUUUAAGUGCUGAGGAAAUCACUGUGUGGAUUCAGAAGGUGUACAGGAAAUAUGCACUGGAUGAUGCAAGAGAGCGCUUUCCAGAAUUCGACACUGACCAAGAUGGCAUUGUUUCCUGGGAUGAGUAUAACAUGGUUAUGCAUGACCGCAUAGUUGAAGUGGAUGAAAACGUAGUUCUCGAAGACCCAGAGGAAGAAUCCCUCAGAUAUUUACACUUAAAGGAAAAGAGGCGCUUUGACUUUGCUGACAUGGAUGGCAAGCCUGGCCUGAACUUGACUGAGUUUCUGGCCUUCACACACCCUUCAGAAGUGGACCACAUGGCUGAUUUUGCCAUUGAGGAUGUUCUGGUUGAAUAUGACACAGAUAAGGAUGGUUUCAUCGACUUAAAAGAGUUCAUUGGAGAUCUUCGGCCAAAUGGAGAUGAUCCAUCGCAGUGGGAGAUUGAAGAGACUGUGCGUUUUAAGGACCUGUACGAUCAGAACCGAGAUGGCAAGCUGAACAGGGACGAGCAACUUCGCUGGGUGGCCCCCAACAGCUACGGCUCUGCCCGGGAAGAGGCCAUUCAUUUGAUUAAGGAGAUGGAUGUGGAUGGGGAUAAAAGGCUGUCGGAUUCAGAGAUUUUGAAAGGCCAAGAAACUUUCAUGAACAGUGAAGUGACUGAUUAUGGAAGGCAGCUUCAUGUGUCUCAUGAUGAAUUGUAACAUUUUGGGGUUUUGUUUUGCAAAUACAUUUUUUACAAAAACAA